GUUGAAUAAAAAUAAUUCAAUGCGAGCGAAAAUAUAUUGAUGGCGGAAGUUCAUAUUAUAGGACAAAUAUUGAAAGCAGUUGAUUUUCAAGAACCUCAUAUAUUCUGCAAGUGGAGUUUACAAAGUGGAACUGCUUGGCGCAUUAUCCAGGGCGAAGCAGUUGGUCAAACUUUUGUAGCCACAAAUCGUUUAGAAUCUUGUUCGGAUUUUUGUCAACCUUUGGAUUUGCAUUUGGGUACAGCUUCGGUGCAAGGUUGGCCUAAAUUGCAUGUCGAAAUACAUGCUGUUAAUGUUUUAAGCAAAAGUUGGCCGGUAGGUUAUGGUUUUGUGCAUAUACCCACUAAACCGGGUUUCCAUCGUUUAGAGGUAUUGUGUUGGAAAAUAGCGCCACGUUCGUGGUACGAUAGCGUUAGAGAGAAAUUUGGAGGUGGCGGUUUGGCUUUGUGUAAAGAGGAUUUGAUUUACAGCGGAUUGGAAAGAUACAAAUUACAGACACGUUCGUCGGGCAAGAUUAUAAUUGAUAUUAACUUGGUCUUUCGUAAUUUUGCUAAAUUUGGCAUAGAAUUCAAGUGAUU